UCCGGAUGGAGGGCUGCUGUUGGAGACGUGGUGGCCAUCUUGGAUGCUCACAUAGAAGUCCAUGUGCAAUGGUUGGUCCAAGUGGAGUGAUCUGAGUUGUCACUGUCAAGUUGGCAGAGCCAUUGUUAGCUCGCAUUAAAGAGGACCGAACCGUGAUACUGACACCAGUGUUUGACAGAGUCAAUUUUGAUGAUUUGGCACUGACUCCCUACAUACCUGCGGCGGAUGCCUUCGACUGGGCUCUGUGGUGCAUGUAUGAGUCCUUCAGACCCGAGUGGUACGCUUUAAAGGACGAGUCACAACCUGGCAAGAGCCCCUCCAUCAUGGGGAUUCUUGUUGCUGAUCGCAAAUUCUUUGGAGAGAUCGGAAGUCUUGAUGGUGGAAUGAAAAUAUAUGGAGGUGAAAAUGUGGAGCUGGGCAUCCGGGUGUGGCUGUGUGGAGGAAGCAUAGAAGUCAUACCUUGCUCUAAAAUUGCCCAUAUUGAACGGGCCGUCAAGCCUUACCUCCCAGACUUGAGUGUAAUGGUAAAGCGUAAUGCACUGAGGGUGGCGGAGGUGUGGAUGGAUGAAUAUAAAUACAAUGUCAACAUUGCCUGGAACCUUCCCAUAGAGAAUCAUGGGAUAGACAUUGGGGAUGUAUCGGAGAGGAAAAAGCUGAGAGAGAGGCUGAAUUGCAAGCCCUUUAAGUGGUAUCUGGAUAAUAUUUACCCCUUGCUGGACCCUCUGCAUGACCUGCUAGGUUAUGGAGCGGUGAGUAGAAACAAUAUCAAAUGUGACCGCUGCAUUUGA